AUAAUUUGAUCCAACAAUGAAAUCUUCAUUGCACACGUUGUUAAACAAUGCCUUAUAUACUGCUAGGCCAACAUCAUUUUUUAAUAGUACUACUCCUAUUUCUGUUAGUUCAUUGCUAUCCGUUAAACCGUUGUCAUUUUAUAUACCCGCAAUGAUUGGUGGUGCAUUUCUUAGCGUUAUAACAAUAGCAGGAAAUCUUUUGAUUUUUUUGGCAUAUUUUAGAAACGAAAAUAUUAGAAGCAUAUCAAACGUUCCAAUACUUUCAUUGGCAUUUACAGAUAAGUUUAUUGGAUUUUUUCCUGUAAACAUGAACAUUAUGGAAAUGCCUAUAGGGUACUGGCCUCUGGGAAAAGAAUUUUGUAAUGUGGCACUAGUUUUAGAUUACGUAUCAAUUCAGUCUUCAAUAAAUCAUAUUGUUUUAACUAAUUUUGAUCGGUAUCUUUCAAUAAGAUCUCCAAUGAAACAUCGAUUACACCAAAAAACAUCAAAAGUCAUUACUAAAUUAUUCACAGUGUGGUUAAUAGCUGUAAUAAUAUGGGUACCAUAUAUUAACAUUUAUAAACACAAGGUAAGGAGCAGCAAUUUAGAUGAUAGACAAUGCUACAAGCAGUUUUCUAAAGUUCAAGAUUUUAACUUUAAAAGAUACGCUUCUAUUACAACGUCAUUAAUAGGAUACUUUCUACCGCUCGGAAUUGUAAUUAUAACUUACUGGAAAAUGUAUUUUAUUGUUAGACAACAACUCUAUGAAGUGCCUAAAUUUUGCCAUGCUAUAAAUGCUGAAAAUAAAUUUUCUGCAGAAACGACUAAGUGGAAACAGCCAGCUCCAUUGUCCGAUGAAAUGCCAGAUAAUACUGUCGAUAUGCAAAAAAAUCUAGAUUUGAUAAAGAAACGAAAGAGAAUACUUAGACAUAAAAAAGCAUUGCGUAUGAUUGCAAGCAUAAUAUCAGCUUUUUUAAUUACUGGGUUACCUCUUAAUGCACAAUGGCUUUUGGGUGGCAUGUGCCCAACAUGUUAUAACAAAUCAUUUGACAUUUGCAACUUUUUAACGUACCCAAAUUCUACAGUUAAUCCUUUUCUUUACACAUACAUGAGUCGAACAUUUCGUCUAGAGUUCAAAAAGUUAUUACUCUGUAAAUUUUUAAGAAAUUAUUUUUCUGAUUCUAAAGAAAAACACGUCAAUUAUCGUGUAAACUACAAUACGAAGGAACUAUCAAGAAGCAAAUCGACAUAA